AUGGCUUUGACAGCAAAGGAACUUGCAACGACCUGGGAGAAUGCUCUAUCGAUAUACCGCCGAACAUCACCAGCAACGUACCCAGUGGGGAUUGCAAAUAACCACUUUCGGAGAAGAAAUACAAGACUAGUUUCGGCAAGCCUUUCAGUCUGA